AUGGCGAUUCUUCUUCGUCGUAUCCCGCCUUUACGUCGGACCACGAGCAUCAUAAAAUGCAUCUCCAACCUGAGCACCGUAGCCCACGCCGCGGUUGACGGCAAGCAGCCUACCAACCCCAACUUCCAAACCCAUCCCCCCCUCCCAUCUUCAUCCCCCAACGCCACCCCCAACCCCAACAACAACCCCAACACCACCACCAUCCCCCCCGGCUUCCACGCCUCAACCGCCAACCUCCCCAUCUUCACCCUCCCCACCCACAUCACCCCCUCCUCCCCCACCCACCUCACCCUCGGCCAGGCCCUGAUCCACGCCUGGCGCCGCGACGGCAUCAUCCAGAUCGCCAUGGACGCCACGCAGCGCCAGCUCUGGGCCGACGCGCACGCCGCCAGCCGCGCCUUCUUCCGCCGCCCGCACGCGCAGAAGGCGGCGUGCGUCGACGACCGCAGCUACGCGGGGUAUAUUGCUUCCGGGGAGGAGGUGACGGAUGGGGUGGCGGAUUAUUCGGAGGUGUUUACGGUGACGAAGGAUUUGGGGGUGGGGGAUGCGAGGGUGAGGGCCGGCUGGCCGUGUCAUGGGCCGUGUCCGUGGCCGGAGGAUGGGGAAGGGGAGGAGGGGGAGGGGGGGAUGAGGGAGGUGAUGGGGGCGUUUAAAAGGAGGAUGGGGGAGGAGGGGGAGAGGUUGUUGGGUUUGGCGGAGCUGGGGCUGGGGGUGGGUGAGGGGGCGCUGAGGCGGUAUACGAGGGAUGGGUGGCAUCAUAUGCGGGUGCUGAGAUUUCCUGCGAGGACUGCGACUAAUGGCAAGGGAAAGAAGGGUAGAGGCAUUGGCUCUCAUACGGACUACGGUCUGCUUGUUAUUGCUGCCCAGGAUGAAGUUGGAGGUCUCUUCAUCCGCCGUCCCAGCCAGGAUGAGAAAUUUGCCAACUGGGAGAAGAGCGCGGCUGGCCUGAAUGAAGAUGAUGACAGUUGGGUGUAUGUGCCUCCGGUUGAGGGCGUGCAUACGGUCAUUCUUGGUGACAUGAUGCAGUAUCUCACCCACGAUUACCUCAAGGCGACGCCCCACAAGGUCGGCCUCAAUACCCGGGAGCGCUUUUCAGUCGCCUACUUUCACGAGCCCAGCUUUCAAGCCGUCGUAAAGCCCCUCGAAGAAGGCUGCGGCGGCCUGGGGAAACCGGCCGUAAACGAUACCAAGGGCAUCCACUACGGAACACACUUCACCAACAUGUUCCUGCGGAGCUACCCCGAUCGCAUCACCACGCGCCGACUCUUGGCUGAAGGCAGGUGUGAUUUGUUGAAGAGGCCGGAGCUUCGUACGAUAGGAGCCGCCCCUGCAUGA